AUGUCUUAUGAUGACCCCGAACCGCUGGAGACCGGAGGAGACGCUCCUUUGGUGCCUCCAGCCUUAGAAGGCGCACCCACAGAAGAGACGAAACUUGCGGCAGCCGAGACAGAUGCCCUUGAUGAUGAAGAGGAAGAAGAAGAUGACCGCGAAGAAAGUCUGUAUUCACAUGAAGAAGAACGUGAUGCUGCGGAGAAAGAAGAUAGUGCUACUCCCGAGAUUCAAACGGCCACUGUCGAAGAUGCAAAUGAGGGUCAAAUCGGAGCAGAAACGCAAGACGUAGAUUCGGCUGCGAUUGACGAAAUAAGUAACGACACUGGUGAAAUUGGAGAUGCCACUCUAUCCAGGACUUUAUCUAAUACGGUUGUGGAUGUGGUACCAGAGACGGAAGCCGUUACUGAAGUGAGUGAUUUGACACCCGACAUUCAACCUUCAAACGAACAAAUCACGGAUGUACAACAGCAAGCAGAAGAAGGGCAACUCCAGACUUUUAAAGAUGCUGAAACUACCGAACAACUUACAGAGGUGACUAAACCGGAACAACCAGUGGUGGAUGAAGAAGCAGCAAUUGAAAAUGCGGCUUUGGAACCAGAUGCAUCUGAGUCUAACGGAAACGAAGAUUCCGACGAAAAUAAAUCAUCAUCGUCAUCAUCAUCAUCAUCGUCAUCACCCGAUGCAGAAGCCCCCUCUUCUGAUUCUCAAAAAUUCAACGUCAACAAUUAUGAUAGAGAUGCAGAGAACGUGGACUACGACUUGCUCCAAAGACAAGCAACUUUAAUCUUGGAUAGCCAAAUUCUGGAUAGACCACAAUUCCAGCGUCUUUCAGACCCAGAGAAGAUUAGCGCUAUAGUCGCAUUGCUCAGUUCUGAUGUGGAGACUGGUCUCCCACGCCGCACAGCCCCAGUUUCUCACGAUUCUACAGCGGAGGAUGGAGAAAAUAGACCCAAUCUAUUUCAACCAAUGUCUGUUGUUGAGCGCAAACGCUACAAUGACUAUCUGAAAGGUGAAAACAGAAUCACCGAAAUUCAAAAUAUUCCACCUAAAUCGCGUUUGUUCAUUGGAAAUUUGCCGUUGAAAAACGUUGCUAAAGAUGACCUAUUCCGCAUUUUCUCGCCAUACGGACAUAUCUACCAAAUCAACAUAAAAAAUGCAUUUGGCUUCAUCCAGUAUGACAACCCACAAUCCGUGAGAGCUGCCAUAGCAGGCGAGUCAAAUGAAAUCAAUUUUGGCAAGAAGUUGAUCCUCGAGAUUUCAUCUUCCAACAGCAGGCCUCAGUAUGAUCACGGUGAUCAUGGCACCAACAGCAGUUCUACUUUUAUCUCCUCUUCCAAACGUCCGUUCGAAGAAGAAGAAGAAGAAGACGAGGAAGAUCUUUACAACGAGAGCCAAAAAAGAGGUAAAAGGCGGGUUCCGGAAUGUCAGAUUUACGUCAAAAGAACUGCUGAUAGGUCUUACGCCAAUGAUGUUUUUGCAAGAUUUAGGCAACGCACUGGUUUAGAAACCGACAUGAUCUUCUUGAAGCCUCGUAUGGAGUUGCGUAAAAUGAUUAACGAUGCGGCUUACGAAGGCGUUUGGGGUGUGGUACUGGUAAACAAAACUAGGAACGUCGACAUUCAAACGUUUUACAAAGGUGCUCAGGGAGAGACCAAAUUUGAUGAAUAUGCUAGUGUAUCGUGUGAAGAUGCGAUUGCAAUUUUUAACAACUUGAAAGGUUCCAGAAACAGCUCUCUCAACAUUGCUCCCCAACAACCAGUUCCUCAGCAACAAUACUAUGGUGGCUACCAUGCAGCCCCUGCACCGGUUCCUCCGCACCAGGGACAGGCCUAUAUGCAACAGGCUUACGGAGCAAUGGCACCAACACCUCAGGCGUAUGGUGCAACUGUACCUCCUCCUCCUGCUAUGGCACAAAACUACCCAUACCAAGGACACCCAGUUACUGGACCUGCCCCACAUAUAUCUCAGCAGCCGGGAAUGGCUCCCCCAAUGGGCCCCAUUCCUCAAAUGGAUCAACAACAGCUAUUGUCGGCAAUUCAAAAUCUGCCACCCAACGUUGUAUCAAAUCUAUUAUCCAUGGCGCAACAACAACCUCAGCAGCAACAACAGCUUCUUGGAAUAAUCCAGUCGAUGCAGCCUCAGGGCCAGGCUCAGGGAUCUCCACCCGCUCCUAUUUCGUACGGUGGAUUUCAGCAAAUGCCCAUGGUGAAUACACCCGUGCAUCAUCAACCGCAGCACCAAGCCCCGCCUCCUCCUCCACAUCACACUCAGCCACAAGAUCCUUACGGUUCUGGGCCGAAAAAUCCUCCUUCUCAGAACCCUGUUCCUCAACAACAGUCUCCUUCAAUGUCUGGUAACAAUAAUGUCCAAAGUCUUCUUGACAGUUUGGCGCAACUGCAGCAAAAGUAA